GGGGAUUAUGACGUCACUUCCUUAUCGGUGAAGGAUGGCGGCGUCGGUGUCUCCGGGGCGGGAUGUGUUCGCUGAGGGGCUGCUGGAGCUGCUGAAGCCGGCGGUGCAGCAGCUGGAUUCCCAUGUUCAUGCCGUGAGGGAGAGCCAGGUGGAUCUGCGGGAGCACAUUGACAGUCUGGCGUCAGAGCUGUGUAGGAUUAACGAGGAUCAGAAGGUCGCUCUGGACCUGGACCCGUAUGUGAAGAAGCUGCUGAACGCCCGUCGCCGUGUGGUCCUGGUGAACAACAUCCUGCAGAACGCCCAGGAGAGGCUGAGGCGCCUCAAUCACAGCGUGGCCAAGGAGACGGCCCGCAGGAGAGCCAUGCUGGACUCAGGAGCCCAUUCCCAGUGAGGAGGCGCAGUAGGAGCUGAGCUACGCCUGACAUCGGCAUAUGAGGUUUCCGGAAGCCCUGGCGUUGUGGGCGUCGCCUUCCGGGAUCUAAAUCCAGCACAGCCACCAAUGAGGCUCCAGGUGCCUCCUCGCUCCGCCCUCCAGUCUUUCAUAGCUGCCAUGCAUGAACCGUAACCAUGUAGCAGGGCCCCCAGCCGAGGGGCCACGUCUGUAAUCUACUGCCCACGGGUUUUUUGUGGCAUUACAUUAGCUAAUCUCCAGCAAUCGAUAUGCAGGGGGUUGAGCUUCAGAGCCGUUAUAGCGGCGUCUUCGUGAAGCCAUUGAAGCGUUACUGUCCGGUGACGAUGUGGAGACAUCAAUCUGGGCGCGGGCACUGUCUGAGGGGGACGGGUUAAGUUUUGUAAAAAUGCUUUAUUAUCUCAUUUGUGCCGCUAUCUCUUGUAGUCUGCAAUAAACGUUCUGUGUUUUGGCUUGUGA